UCGAGCUCAACGUCGCUCGCUUAACUCACUUGCCGUUGCCGCGCACACUCUUAUUCCGACAGACACUAUUGAGUACAAUAAUAGAGAAAAACCCUAAUUUCCACCGUGUAAUUAAAUUCAGUUUCAUAUGCAAAAUAAAGAACUAUUCAAGAGUUUUUGGGUCAUAGAAUUUUAUAUUGCAAUUUAAGAAAAAGUAACAAAAUAUUUAUUUAUAAAAUAAUGAAGGAAAAUGCCUUGGAACUGUUUGUGGGGAUAUGAGUCUCCGCCGCCCGCGUGCAGGGUGAGCGAGCCGCUGCAUCUUAUAUCGCAGAAGGAGGGUACACCACAAGAGCAUGCGUUUCGUCGCAAGUCAUUCCGUAAACCCAGGCCGUGCCACUGGUGCCAUCAGCCAGUGCAAAACGAAGGCUCUUGCUGUAGAGUGUGCAAAUAUGUCUGCCACACAACAUGUGAAAAUAAGGUGUCGGAUGCUAUUGAGCUGUCAACCAACCCCAAAUCACAGCUGGUAGCACAGCUACCUAAUACUGAUAAAGCACGUUUCUCGGAUACGAGCUGGCAAAUUCAUCGAUCAUGGUCUCGCAAUGGGAACCCACUGCCGCUAUCGCCUCCGCCAAGCCGCGCUGUAGCGGGCGCGGGUGCGUCCGCCUCCAGUGCGACCCCACCUUCACGCAACGACGAGAAUGGCAUCUAUGACACCAUCACUACUCGUGCAGUAAGCGCGCCUGUCACUCCAGGGACGCCUGCACCCUCCAGAGAAUAUGGCGCGGCACGGUCAGCGAGCUACCCGAGUGGUGCGGGAGGCGCGGGCUCUGCGGGGCGGCUGGACCUGUGUUAUGUGGCGGAGCGCAUGCUGGCGCUGCACUUACCGCACAGAGACGCACAUGCCGAGGCUCAGGCCGCACACAUGCUUACCAACAAGCACGGCGAGCAUUUCAUGGUGUUCGAGGUGAGUGGUGGCGGCGAGGAAUGCGGCGGGUGCGAGGAGGGAGUGGCGCGCACGGUGUUCGGUCGCGCGCGUGGCCUGGGCUGGCCGGGUGAGCUCGCUCCGCCACUUGAGCGCCUGUGCGCAGCCUGCAAGGACAUCGAGAGCUGGCUCGCCGCACAUCCUAGAAAUGUCGCCGUGCUGCUCGCCUGGGGUAACCGCGAGCGGCUGGGCGUGCUGGUGGCAGCCUACAUGCACUACUCUGCUAUCUGCGGCGCGCCUGAACACGCGCUUGACCGCUACGCCAUGCGCCGCUACCUCGACGACCGCGUGCCCGUCUUUCACUUGCCUUCUAACAAAAGGUAUAUCGACACAUUCGCGGGUCUGCUGGCGGGUCAGAUCCGCGUCAAUUCCGCGCCCCUGCAACUGACGCACGUCAGCGUGGCAGGUGCACUGGCGCCUUCUGCUGCACCCACAAUCGCCUUCCUAAAGAUAUACGAGAACUUCGUCUGCGUAUACACCUCUGGUCUGUACAUGGUGAGCGGCGGCGGGUGGACGGUGGGCGUGGGGCGGCUGGCGUUGCGUGGCGACGUGCUGGUGCGCGCUUACCGCCGCCCCGCGCACGCGCCGCACCCCACGCACGCACCACAUUCACCAACGACCCGCCAGCUCGUCUUUGCCUGCCAGUUCCACACGUGUGCAGUCGCCGACCAUACGCUCUCUUUCACUAAGCAACAGCUAGACCAUGCUGCGCAUGAAGCAUCUUUCCCUUGCGAUGGGGCCGUGGAGCUGGUGUUUGUGCGGGGCGAAGGUGGCGGCGGCGCUGCGCCUGCGCCCACGCCAGCUGCACCUCUGCGCGCCGCACCCGAUGCCAUCGCCCGCGCCGAUUCUCUGGAGCAUCUGCGACCUCUCUCCACGCUUACUGACGACGACACUGGUGACAACAACGGCAGCGCGGAGGGUUCCGGAUCAGGAGGGGAAGCAGGCGAGGGUGCGGAGGCUGCGCACACGUUCGGACCGCUGGACGGCUCCAUCUACGCCACGGUGGUGCGCGCUGGCGGCACCUCCUCGCCGCUAAGCGCCUCCAUGGACUCGGGCAUAUCGUCGGCGGGCCGCCGCGCAGCCCCCAGCCCACCAGACGAGCUGGACGCGCUGCUCGGUGAUAUGCUACGCACGGUGAGCGCGCUGCCCGACCCACCGCCAGCCGCCGGCACAGCGCAGUCGCCCGCCGACCGCGUCGCCGACAUACCGUACCACGCGCGCGCCGACUCCGCGCCCUUCACCUACGGUGCACCCGGCCUGCGGCCCGGCAUGCUACGCUCCACGCACCGGCUGGCCAGCCCCGAGCUGGUGCGGCGCGCCUAUCGCCCUGCCAGCCCUGAGCCGCCCUCGCCCUCGCCGCCGCCCCCACCGCACGCUCCGCUCUCGCCUGUCACUUUCCGCAAGUUCUCUCAAGAACAAGUCAUCACCAACUCCACCACACCAAGACAAUCCUCUCCAACACAAAAUGGACGAUGGAUGAAUGGCGAUGCAGAAUGGUUGGACAGACCUCCGAGCAGCGCUCGAAAGACCACUCCUGAAAAUGGUACCUGGCGAUCAAACAGUACCCUUGGCUGGCAGGAAACUCGGGAGACCUCUAGAGAGAUCAGAAGAGAGCCGCGCAGGUCGGAGAGCAAUGCUGAAUCCAGCUCCGGCCUCACCUGGCUGCAGCGGCAGCAGCAGAAGCUGAGAGAAAGGAAGGAGGCAAGGGAAAGGGUCGCUCGACUACCGCUCGAGUGGGAUACUUCGUCUUCCCGAAAUGUGCGUCGCUCCGCAAGUCAUCGCGUGGAUGGAUACACGAGCGACACGACCGCGUUCGCCGACGACGAUGACGACUUUGCGGUGCCGCUGCAUGUCAACACACGCGCACCCCCGCGCUCGCACGCCGUCAGCCCUCAGGCGCCGGACAGGACCUCAUCUAGAAAGUUCAUGUAUGAAAAGAUGACGAUGCGCGAGUGGAGCGCCGGCAGCACGCCGACCACGCCCGCGCCCGGUCUGUUGUCCCUCGCGGAACCUGUAAACGACACAAUGAGCCGUGAGCAGUCAGAGAGCUGGUCGCGGGCGGAAUCACGCGCGGAAUCGCGCACGGAGUCACGCACAGAGUCGCGCGCGGGCACGCCAGCGUUCCCGACGCACCCGCGAACGCCCUACCCGCCCACGCCCACACCGACGCCCACUCCAACGCUCACGCCCACACCCACACUCACGCCCACGCCCUCUCUCAACGCACGACCGCCGCGCUCGCCGCCAGUAACCAGAAAGGAGCGCGAAAGUAGCCCCGAAUCGGAUUACCGUGCUUACAACGGCGCGGCGGUGGGCGCGGUCACGGGGAAUGCGGGCCCGGUAGAGCCGCACCACGUGGCGCCUGACCGCGUGCGCUUCGCUCGCGACACCAGCCACUACUGGUACAAGCCCAACAUCUCGCGCGACGACGCAAUAUCAGCCUUACACGGUCUGGAGGAAGGUUCAUUCAUCGUGCGCGACUCGAACUCGUUCCCGGGCGCGUUCGGUCUGGCGGUGCGAGCGGGCCCCGGCGGCGGCGUGCGGCACUUCUUGGUGGAACCGGCAGCGCGCGGCGUGCGGCUGCGCGGCUGCCCCGACGAGCCCGUCUUCAGCUCGCUCUCCGCGCUCGUCUACCAGCACACCGUCACCCCUCUUGCACUGCCCGUGCCGCUUAGGUUGCCCGACAGGGAUCCGUGGGCAGGCGGCGGAGUGACGGCGGCGGCGCGCGCACUACUGGCGACGGGCGCGGCUUGCCACGUGCUGCUGCUGGGCGCCGACAACACCGAGGCACUCACCGGACCAGCCGCAGUGAAGCGCGCCGUGCACAACGUACUACAAAAGAAGGGUGAGGCGCACGUGGUGCACCUGAAGGUGUUCGGUGGCGGCAUCACGCUGACGGACGCGGCGCGCAAGCUGUUCUUCCGACGACACUACCCCGCCACCGCACUCUCCUACGCCGGCCUCGAUCCCGACGAGCGUCGCUACACCUACCGCGACUCACCCAACGCAAUACCUACCGAAAAGCGCAUAUUUGCGUUUGUGGCGCGCACAUCCGCGGGCUCGGACAACCAGUGUCACGUGUUCGCCGAGCUCGAGCCCGAGCAGCCCGCCACCGCCAUUGUCAACUUUGUCAAUAAGGCACUUCUUGGAAAUAUGCAAAAAAGGGACAUCAUUUAAGAAGUUUUACAACUUAACUAAAGAUUUCCAAGUAUUAGAAAUACUCACCCAGCAUGAAGUGUUUUUAAAAUAUAUAAUAACAUUUUUGAAUGUUAAAAAUUUAAGUAAAACAAAUUGCUUCGUUUUAUAUUUCAACUUAGCUGUCACUUUAAUUAGUGGCAGUUAUUUAAAAUUAUACUUUAUUAUUCCAUAUUAUCUUUCCAAAUGAAUUUGUUGUUAAUCUUUUUCAAUGUGAAAUUAUUUUUAAGUAUAACAUUUAUUUCUAAAUUUAUAUUUACCAAGCACAA